AUGGCAACAAGUUCCAACGCUGGCCUCUCUCGUCGAAGGGUUGCUGGAUCGAACAAUAAUGGCUCGCCAUCGAAUAUCAACGGGCCGCUCUCGCCAGAUGGAUCAUCAGCCUACAACAAGACAUUCCAGAAUGACCAGUCGACAAACGGGGCAAACUCCUCAAGCAACCACUCCAAUCGAGACCAAUCGAGUCAUGACCCGACCCAGAACCACAAGAUCGCCUAUGAUCCACGAGACCUCGAUGAUUCGACCGAGAGCUCGUUGAACCCGAAACUGACGAUCAUGGAGGAGAUCCUACUCCUCGGCCUCAAGGACAAGCAGGGCUACCUAUCCUUCUGGAACGACAACAUCUCCUACACCCUGCGCGGCUGUAUCAUACUCGAGCUCGCACUCCGACAUCGGAUCGCUAUGGUCAGGGAUCCUAACCGCAGAAGGUUCCCCCUGCCCGAUCGCUAUAUUGAGGUGAUCGACGAUCGACUGACCGGCGAAGUCCUGUUGGACGAAGCUCUCAAGAUGAUGAAGGCUAGUGAAAAGAUGAGCGUGGGCACUUGGAUAGAUUUGAUGUCUGGUGAAACGUGGAAUGUGAUGAAGAUUGGAUAUCAGUUAAAGCAAGUACGGGAGCGAUUAGCGAAGGGAUUAGUAGACAAGGGCGUACUUCGAACUGAGAAGCGGAAUUUCCUAUUAUUCGACAUGGCCACCCAUCCGGUAUCAGACUCGACCUUCAAGGAUGAUGUACUCCGCCGCACGCUUUCGAUUCUCACCUCAAGGACGGUAGCGGUGCCGGUCUCGGACCUAUACCAGGCGAACGUCCGCUACCGAACCUUACGAGCGGUAUGCAUGGUAUGUGCCUCCUUUGCGGCCAACGUGCUCGAGAACGCCCUCGUCCAUCUCUCCUACGAUGCUCGCGAGGCCGCCUUCCAGAAGUGCGACGAGCUCCUCGCCGAGUUCUCGCAAUGGCCCCUCGGCGCCGCCGGUCCCGGCUCAAACAGCCUCAGAUCCCCCUCCUCCGCGCCUCCCUCCGUCGCCGUAGGCUCCGGUGCCUCCGACGUCACCAAUGCUAACUUGCUCGAAAUCACCAGGGUCAGCCGCGCCGAAAUGGUCCCGGGUGAUGAACUACAGAUCGAAGUCGUCGCUGCUGUAUUGCAUGUGUUCAGCAAAAUGGACUCGUUGCUGUAA